GGCAAGAAACCGGUGGAUAAGGCUGUUGCAGAGGCUAUUGGAAGUAUGAAUGACCUCGCGGAGGUAUAUCCAGAACUUUGCAAGAGCGAUACCCCCUUAAAUGAAGAUGUUGUUUCUCUGGUGUUGGGAAAAGAGAAACCUGGACGCAUCCGAUGCUACGGCAUAGGGCCAUGCCCAAAAGACUUCGGGGCCUCCAACUCUAGUUGUCAUCCAAAAGAGAAGUUAAGGUCUGAGAAUGGAAAAGAUGAAGAGAUUCACAAGUUAAAGGAAGAAUUGAAAGCAGCGAAAGAGCAAUUGAAAACCACAAAUGGAGAUGUACAAGAGUUACAGGCCCAACUGAAAAAGAUGUCCAACAGAGUAGAGAAAUUGUCAGCAUACUGCAGACUUUAAGUGGUCUCACAAGAUCUGGACAUGGUCAGCAAUUCAUGAGACAUGGUAUGCAGCUAAUUUCAUUGAAUUCAACAUAGUGAAAGGUGUUUUAUUGACUAAAUAUUGAGUCACCUGGAUGUUGGGGACUAAGGUGGAUUAAAAGGGAAUAUUGGUGGAUAGGCUUGAAACUUGAGUUUGCUAUCAGGAUUGCUUUGAUGAAUAGCUUGAAAGAGGGUUACAAAUGUAGCGU